GAAAAGGGAAAGUUGGUUGAGCUACGACGUUAUAAGAUAUAUAGUGUAACCACGUCGCCAAAGUUCGAGAGAAACCCUCUUUCGUUUCGGUAAAGGGAACUAAUCGCUUUUGUCUUGUGUUAUAUAUGUUGCUGUUGUUACAAUGAUCUUCUCUAAGUUUAGGUAAUCAAGAAAGAAACGAGAUUGCUAGCUAGAGAUUGUGUUGGAUCUCAAAGGGUAGAGAAGAGAAGAGAAACGAGAAAGAAAGAAAGAAAAGAUAAUCAAGAAAUGAUGUCAACAACUAAUGUUAACCAUAGCUUGUUUGAAGAACAAGAUCAGAUCCCUACGCAGAUGGGGCUGUUCAAUAUUAUUCCUUUCCCACCAAACCAAACCUACCCACCUUUGGGUUGUCAAACAGUAACUUUGAAAUCCAUCAGUGCAAUAGCUCCUUCACUUUCAUCUGCUGCAAAUUUUUCUGAAACCCUACUUUCAACCGCUGUUAAUCAAAGACCACGAGAAGAAGAUCUCACUUCAAGUUUGGUAGGAGGAGGUGGAGGCCAACUCCUUUCCUUGAGCAGAUCGAGAGUGAAUUCAUGGGCAUGGGAGGAAGUAAGCGAUUGCUUGAUGGGUAAAAGAAUUGGAGGAGAUGAUAAUCAUCAUCAUCAUCUAGGGGUUUCUGCCAUGAAGAUGAAGAAAAUGAAGGCAAGGAGAAAGGUGAGGGAGCCAAGGUUUUGCUUCAAGACUAUGAGCGAUGUAGAUGUGUUGGAUGAUGGCUACAAGUGGAGGAAGUACGGACAGAAAGUGGUAAAGAACACACAGCACCCAAGAAGCUACUACCGUUGCACCCAAGAUAACUGUCGAGUAAAGAAACGCGUGGAGCGCUUGGCAGAGGAUCCAAGGAUGGUGAUAACCACAUAUGAAGGGAGACACGUGCACUCGCCAUCAAAUGAACUUGAAGACUCGCAAACCCCUUCUGAACUUAGUAAUUUCCUGUGGUAGUAGCAUACACCAUCAUAAUGUUUACAUAUAUGUAUAUUUUAAUAUAUCGUAGAGACUAGAGAUGAAGACCGAAUAAGUAGAGAGGAAUGAGUAAAAAUUGACAGUGUAUCUAGGAAAUGGUGCAUGCAUGCUUUGGUUCAUUGUCAAUUUUCACUCGUUUCCAUCUAUUAUUCCUCCCAUUUUCACCCUUUCCAAAAGCACAACAUAUAUAUGUGGUUGUGUUUUUUAGUUUUCAAGCGUCUAGAUCAACAUUUCAGAAGUGUACUUAACAGUCUUGGUGGUGUUUCAUAAAAACUCAACAGCAAAUUAACCAGUAAUAUUUGUAAGUUGCAAACU